CGGCUGUUCUGCGUGCGCACGCAAGGCUUCGUUCGCACGUUCCUUCCGUAGUCCGUUGGUAGCUCGGGUGGUCUUGGGGAGAGCGAGAAGGGCGUGGGGGUGGCGGCGGUGAUGGUGCUGAGGUGAAUCCCUGGCUCUUCGGAACUGCCUGAAGAGGGGAAGAAAGGCGGAGCGGCCCGGCGGCGGCGUAGCAGCAGCCGCCGCAGCAGCAGCAGCGCGCUGCUUCUGCAGCUUCCGUCAUCAUGGCUCACUCCCCAGUGCAGCAGCCCGGCCUGCCGGGGAUGCAGAAUCUGAAAGCAGAUCCAGAAGAACUCUUUACAAAACUAGAGAAGAUUGGCAAAGGUUCCUUUGGUGAAGUUUUUAAAGGGAUUGACAAUCGAACUCAAAAAGUUGUUGCUAUAAAAAUUAUUGACCUUGAAGAAGCUGAAGAUGAAAUAGAAGACAUCCAACAGGAAAUCACAGUGCUGAGUCAGUGUGACAGUCCAUAUGUUACCAAAUAUUAUGGAUCUUAUUUAAAGGAUACAAAAUUAUGGAUAAUAAUGGAAUACCUUGGUGGAGGUUCUGCUCUUGAUCUUUUAGAACCUGGCUCUCUUGAUGAAAUCCAGAUUGCUACAAUAUUAAGAGAAAUUCUGAAAGGACUUGAUUACUUGCAUUCAGAAAAGAAAAUUCAUAGAGAUAUUAAAGCUGCUAAUGUGCUGCUCUCUGAGCAAGGUGAAGUCAAACUUGCAGACUUUGGUGUAGCUGGACAAUUAACUGAUACACAAAUAAAGAGAAACACCUUUGUGGGUACACCAUUUUGGAUGGCGCCAGAAGUAAUAAAGCAAUCAGCUUAUGAUUCAAAGGCAGAUAUCUGGUCACUAGGCAUAACAGCCAUAGAACUUGCAAAAGGUGAGCCACCACAUUCAGAAUUGCAUCCAAUGAAGGUGUUAUUCCUGAUUCCAAAGAACAAUCCACCAACAUUAGAAGGAAAUUACAGUAAAGCUCUGAAGGAGUUUGUUGAGGCUUGCUUGAACAAGGACCCAAGCUUUAGACCAACAGCGAAAGAACUCCUGAAGCACAAAUUUAUAAUACGGAAUGCAAAGAAAACCUCUUAUUUGACAGAUCUAAUUGACCGGCAUAAAAGAUGGAAGGCUGAUCAGAACCAUGAUAACUCCAGCUCUGAAGAUUCUGAUGGUGAAACAGAUGGCCAAGCCUCAGGUGGCAGUGAUUCCGGUGACUGGAUAUUUACAAUCCGAGAGAAAGAUCCCAAGAAUCUAGAGAACGGAGCUACCCAGCUACACGAAUGGGAAAGAAACAAGGAAAAUACCAUUCAAAGGCGGCCUUUGUCUCGGUGCUUAUCUACAAUUAUAUCCCCAUUAUUCGCAGAGCUGAAAGAAAGAAGUCAAGCUUCUGGGGGGAGCAUGGGAUCCAUAGAAGAACUGAGGGAGGCUAUUUAUUUAGCUGAAGAGGCAUGUCCAGGCAUUUCAGAUACCAUGGUUACAGAGCUAGUGCAGAGACUUCAGAGGUAUUCAGUGUCUGGAGGAAGCACAGCGUCGCACUGAAGUAUUGUGUCACGUGUUGGCUGCCUCCGUGGGGCCCCUGUAUGCACCUGCGCUAACGUUGGUGUCUCCUGUUGGACAGUGGUUUGCUCUUCAGUGUACGGACAUUCCUGAAGGUGCAGCAGCAGAAGUUGGUGUCUUAGCAAGGGCAUUGUUUUCCAGCUCUGUAUAGUUUUUUAAAAAAAACAAAUAAUGCACAUAUUCAAAAGAGGUAUCUUUUUAAAUUUCUGAGAUGUAUAUUUAGGAUUGCAGUUAGGAAACGAAAGCUAUUGUGAAAUCUCAGGUAUCUUGCUUUAAGUCAUUGGCCUUCACCUAAUGGAUCCGUAUACGUAUGUGGGUUGUGUCUCAACCUAAAAGUGGGUGCACUAGUGGCACUGCCACCGUUUUCUGUUUUAGGGCUUUAGUUUAAGACAGUGAGAAGGAUGGGAAGAGAAAUGGAGUCACAGUUAUUUCAGGGUUGGGUUUAAGAUGGAUCUUGGGUCUGAAGAAGCUGAAGGCAUCUGCUUUAAGUCGAUGAAUCUGUGAAUUGAAAAAUGUACGAUUGGCUCUCUGUACAGAUUUGUGUAUAGUCACUUUUUUUACAGAAACCUGCUUGAUGGGCAUAUGGAAUCCUUCUGUACAAUUGCCAAGUGAUACUGUAGAUGCUACUAGUGAGGUAAAUGUUUUGGCAGAUCACAACUGUUUAUUGGCUUGCCUUUGUUUUAUGAACAUUUUGAUUUGUAUGACAACAGGUUUGACUUGACCUUGUAUUUAUAGGUCAGAAAUAAUUAAAGUUGUGCUAUAAAAUUCUUGUUUGUACUUCAGAUGCAGAAUUUCUUUUUGUUUUGUUACGUAGUAAUGCUCUUUUUAUUAAUCUAGUGUUGGGUCUCUAAUCAUGGUACGACUUUGAUUAUUUUAAUUACUGCAUCUUGUUUGAAGUUCUCUAACUUUUUCUUUCUUUAGUAAAUUUUAUGUGUUUAAACUUGUGCCAAUCCAAAGUGUGGAUUCACUUUUACUAGUUUUAUUUGAAACUACUUUGUAAACUCUGAAUGUCUCAUGACUAAAUUAAAGAACAUUUUCUUUUGAUAUACCUCCUAAAUAUUGUGGCUGAAUAAUGGCAAUUUUUAAAGAUCCUGUCUGAAAAAUUAUUGAAAAGAUACCAUACUAUUAUGCAUAUGAAAACCUUUAAUUACAAUCAUUGAGAUAAAAUUUUGGUUUUAGCUUGAUAUCCAAUAGCCAUUGUUGGGUUGAGGUGGAAGGGAGAAAUACAUGAAAUGUCAUCAACAUUUACAAUAGAAAUGUUCACUGUUUUAGUUAAUUAUCUGUAUAUUUGGUUGUUGCAUCUUUUUCUGGUUCAUCUUUUGAACUUAGUCUCUCUUCUAAUAGACAGGAAAUAGUGCAACAUUUUACUAUCAAUGUAGUAUAAAUAUCUGAUUGGUUUCUCAUUCAGAUUUUUCUUUAAGAGAUUCUUGGAUGUGAAUGGAGUCUAUAAUUGAAAAUGUAUGGUAAAAGUAUAAAGAUGUGGUUACCUGAGUUAAGGGGCUUGUUCUUUCUAACAGAAGAGCGUAUUUUGUUCAUUUACAUCCGGUGACCAAAAUAAUAAUAAUAAUUUUAGUCUUUUAAAGAAUUCAACACAACUUAAGGUCCAACUUGGUCUGGAGAAUUUCCUCUUUUGAGUCAAAACUUUCAUGAUCAAAUCUUGAAUGGGAGCGAUCCUUGUGACAUUCCUUUGCUUUAAAGCAUAGAGAUGGUUUGCAGGCAUACAAUUUCAGUUGAUAGGCAGCUGUGGAACUGCAGUCACUGGUCUUGGGGGCUGGCCUGUCUUUCUACUUUAAGAUGAAGCCAGAUGUGCACAGUGCAGGCUGCAGCCCCCCCCCCCAUUUUUAAAGUUUCAGAAAGACAAGAAAUCUGAAAAGUGCAUAAUAAAUGCAUAAGCAGAUAACUGCAUAUGUAGUAGUGUGUAUGGCGGGGGGCAGUGCCAAAAGUUCAUGGAUGGGGUACAGAGUGAUGGGAACAGCUUUCGUUUCACUGGUGUGACACCCCACCCCCAUUCUUGGUUUCAGCCUUGUGUAUACAUAGCUUAAUAGCAUUUUCCAGAAAUAAAUUAUAGAAAGGCUUUAGGAAUGAUCCACUGUUGUAAGAAUAAACAUGGACAUACACUUAAGUAGGAACCUGAGAUUGCUUGUGUGAGAAGUAGAUAACUCAAUUUUGUAGAUUUGGCUGUUCGUCUGUAAGGAAAACCUUUGCUCAAAGAUUAAAUCUGCAUUGAUUUUUAACAUUAUGUAAUUCAGCAGAUACAAAUGUAUCCUGUACACAGGUGGGUUUUAAGAAAUGUUGUAGAAGGUGGGUUAAAAGAUGCAACCAAGAUGCAUCCUGAUCCUAUGUUGCUGAAUUCUUUUUACUUCCAAGUUAACAAACGUAGGAUUGCAGAACAGUAAUUCAUUGUUUGGUAUUGGAAUUAUAUAGAUCACUUUCUGAAAAUAAAAUCACAAUUUUCCCUAUUGUAAAUUAAACAAAUUGAUUCCAACCUAUCUUUAUUUAUUUAGAAAUUUUUGUUUAGGUCUUUGAAAAUUAGUUUAAAAUCCUUUCAACAUUAUUUUAGAACUGUCCUCUUCUAAGGAAAUGCGUUGUUGUGACUAACACACAGCUGUUGUCCCUUGACUAGGAUGAGGGCUCUGUCUUAAAUAUUCUUCCCUGAGAGCACCAUACUUUUCUACUCAGAUAUGGAGACAUUUUCCAUAUCCCAUUUUUUCAAGUUUUACCGUAAAGAAGGUGCUAAGCAAACUGUAAAAAUAAACCAGGACUUUCAAAUAAGAAAAGCUUCCACUUCAUGUAUGUCAGGUCACCAUUCAAGUAUUUAGUUAGAAAUCUGUUUCUGUAACUUUCUGUUGCAGUUGCAUACACUUGUGUAACUGAGCUAGAAGGUAGAUGGUGGUUGUGUCGGUGCACAGAAUAUCUGCUGUAAGUUGCUCCUGUGUUCUCAUUAGGUGCCAUGGACUUUUUGGUUCCCCAGUAUUAGUUGUCUUGGGAGUUGUCUUUGUCCUUGUUUUGUUCUUGACUUUCAUGUAGCAUUUUGUAUUUUUGGUACAUUGCACAGAUAUUUUUAUAACAGUCUUAGGACUCCUGUAUCAAGGUUUGUGUUCCUAGUAUACACUUUAUUUACCAUAGCAGACACUGGUGUUGUGGACCCACCUCUGCAUAUAGGUAAUGAGUGUACAUAUGAAUGAAUGCUCGAUUAACCAAAUUUCCAUUUCUGUCACACCCCCUCCCCCAUUUUAAGAGGAAGUAUCAUGGCAGUGGGGUUGGUGCAUGGGGUCCGGGACCUGUAUUCACACCUUGCCAUGUGUAGGUAGUUGGUAGAUGCAGAACUGGCUCUUGUAGUUUCCUUCUAAAUUUGCUACAAAUGCACAAAAGUGGCAAAAGCAGCAUCUUGCGGCAUCUUAUGAUGUGUUACUAGUUAAGUUCUCAUACCUAAGAAAACAGUAGCAAGUGGGGCUGAAAGGCGGUGAAAUGCAGGGGGUGACUGUAGAUUGCAAAAGAGCUAGUAGGACUACUUGCUUUUUAGGUUCUGGAAAAAUAUAUCUGCUCCUAAUGUAUGAUGUGGCCCCAUUACUUUUUUUUUUCAAUUUUUCACAUCCAUGCACUGCAUCCCCAUAACACUUAAUGCAUCUGAUGAAGUAUAGUCUAAUAUUUCCACUUCUAAAGCUACAUUGCUUCAUAGAACUAAUUAGCAGUGUAAUACAUGGGUAAUGCAAUAGUUAAUUAGGCAGUUUCAGAGUUGUUUACUUCCUCUUUCAGAUGGCUAUAACUCUGGAUGCUUUCAGUGCCUUCAGUUCCCUCACUAAUGUGUAAAUUGUAUAUAGUGCUUUAUGCUAGGAAGUUAAUGUUAUUAAAUCUUGGUGGUUUAUAUUUAUCGCAAUACUUAAAAUGUUUUAAUUAAAACAUAUUUGUUUUAAUAGAACAUUUAAAGCCCAAAACGUUUCUUUUCUCUCUCUCCCUUCCCUGUCAAGUAUUUCUGUUCAAAUACUUAGGGGCAUAGGAAGAAUUUGAGGGUAUUUAUAAAGUUUACAUGAAUUGGAUAUAUGAUUUGCCUUCUGUGAAUGGAAAGCCUCUGCUCUCAGAAGGUGCCUAGAGAAUGGUGGGGUUCCAUGAAGAGGCAAAGAAGCAUGUUUUUACCUCCACAAAGAGUAGCACAUGACUGAUCUGAUACAGCUCUAUAAAUUUGGAAUGCACCAUGUUCACAGCAGAUCCCAAUAAAUUUCAGGCAUUGGUAAGUUAUCCAAAAAAGUGUUCUGGAAAGCCUUCCAGUUUAGUCUCCCAGUAAAGCCUAUCACUGAUACAGUUCAUAAUACAUCUAUGAAGAUGCCACAAGACACAGUUUUUGUUGUAAUAAACCAAGAUCCAUUGCAAAUUAUAGUAAUGGAGUGGAAAUAGAAGAGCCUUUUCUUAUACGUGCACAAUUCAACAGUACAGUUCUACAUAUGGCUUAUCAGAAGUAUGUCCUACCAAGUUUAAUAGGGUUUACUGCCUAGAGUGUUUAUAGGAUUGUAUCCUAAUGGUCUUGGAAUAUAAAUUUAUUUUAUGCCUGUUAUAAGCAAGGCAGAUUUUAACGCAUCAUGUCUUUAUGUAGUCUUUAUCAUUUACUAAGGACAUGUUGCCUACAUGGGGCAGCCACUUACCUGAUAAAUGUGCAGAGUGUUGGUCAUAUACAACUGGGUUGUUGUCCUCUUAAGUAUAUACUGGAUUAUUUUUCCAGAUAAUUAAACCUGGAAUUUCCGUGCUGGAUCAGACCAGUGGUCAGUUUAGCCAAGCACUCUUGCUGUCAGCAGUGGCCAGUCAGCUAGCUGCCUUUAAGAAAUGCUCAGAUUAUAUCAUUCUGGUGAUAGCCUAUUUUUUCCAAGCAUCUGGUAACAUGAUGUAUUUUGGCUCGGUACUUGGAGGUCUCAUUUUUAGCAAUCAUGGGAAAUUCCCGAUGAAAGACCUAUCCUUUUAUGAAGUGCUGUUUGUUUCUUCUGUAAUAUUGCUCACUAUUUACAAACCUGUAUAAAACUUGCUUAUGUCACACAUCAAGCUAUUCUCAAUUCCUUGUAUGUACAUGACACAGAAAUAAAGAAAUGCAACAA